GAUUUGCAGGAUUUACUUUACGCAAAUAAGUGUAGGCGUUUGGGUACAAACAAGGCACAGUCCACAGCGGGACACAAAGACGUCACCAGCUGGCUGAAAGACUGGUUUCAUUUCUGUGUAAGAGCUCCAGCGUUCACCUGCUUCCAUUAACCUGACUUACCCGUGUUUGUUUUACAGCCGUUUAUACAAGAUGAAUUGUACAUCAGUCUUAGCAUUGGGAGCUGGAGCAGUCGGUGCUGUAGUGGGAGCUCCGUUUGUGGUUUCGGCGUUGGGUUUCACCUCCGCUGGCAUCGCUGCAGGAUCCGUCGGCUCAUGGUUGAUGUCGACAGCGGCGCUUGCUAAUGGAGGAGGCGUAGCGGCAGGAACUUUGGUUCCUAUUCUGCAGUCCGUUGGGGCAGCUGGACUUUCUGCCACCGGUCAGGCUGUCGUGGCGGCUACAGGAGCAGCUGUGGCUGGAGUGGUUAAAUGCUUAACUACUUAAUGCGCUAAAACAGGAAAUAUCCUAAUAUUGGCUUCUUGAUUAACUAUGAAUCCUGCUCUGAACACUUUCUGAUGCU